GGAAGGCUACGCUGGGGAUGGAUUCAGAUCCUGUGAAGACAACGAUGAAUGUUCCAUGGGUAUCUGUUCCCCGGAUGCUAUUUGCCAAAACAGCCCCGGAAGCUACAGUUGCGCAUGCGAAAUUGGUUUCGUUGGUGAUGGCAUUGAGUGCAUCAGAAGCUGUGAGCUGAACCAUCACUGUGCUGGCGAGAACAAUUUCUGUAACACCAGUUUGUCAGUGUGCCAGUGUCGCGAGGGAUUUGAGGGCGACGCAUUCUUCGGAUGUACAGAUAUUGAUGAGUGUGACCUGGGGCUGGCUCAGUGCGGAAAUCUGAUGUACUGUGAAAAUCUGAACGGUACCUACGAUUGUCCAUGCGUAGACGGCUUCUUCAAAGUCGGUGACGAGUGUAUAGGAAAACCAAGGAAUUGUAACGAUAUCAAGAUAAGAAAUUCCCGAUCGCGUGACGGCACCUAUGAGGUUGAUCCAGAUGGACCUGGUGGCGUCCCAGCGUUCGAUGUUUACUGUGAUUUCCAGCCCACAUUCGGCAUCACGGUGCUGUUUGCGGAGAACACGAAUGGAGAAUCUGUCAGAAACUACCUGAAGAAUAAAGAGAUCAAGUAUGAGGCGACCCAAGAGCAAAUCCAAGCUCUGAUGGAUUCAUCUCCGUACUGCUAUCAGGAUAUGAGGUUUCGCUGCGGGAGCGCUACGGAUUUCCUGAAGGGCCAGACGUACUGGCAGGACGGCAAUGGUGUCCGUCAUUAUUCCUGGGGAGGAGCUACAGAGAGUGGGAAGUGCGUUUGUGGACAGCUAGGCACUUGCGCCACACCCGAGGACAACUGCUACUGUAACGGAGAAGAUUCGGGCAAAGAAGACCGUGGUAGAAUCAUUGACAAGAGCCAACUGCCAAUCGUCAAGGUCUAUUUCGGUGAUAUCAAAUCAGGACAGCGCGCCAAUCUUAAAAUCACCAACCUAAAGUGUGGACCACAUACAUUCGAUUUAGCUGAGAGCUGCCACGAGUACAAAUUCUCCGGCCGCUAUUGGAUCCGUAAGGACACUCCCAUGUACAUCGACGUGGAUGGACCCCAAGGAAAUUGCGACCCAAUGCUGGUUCACUGUAACAUGGAAAAGUACAAAAAUGUUGGCAUCACGGUUUUCCACCAUCACGACCGAGACCCAGCUGUGGUACAAAACUCUGGACGGUUAGACUUUGAUUACCAAAUUCCUUCCCAGUGUCUGAGAAAAGCCGUGGAUAACAGUGCUUACUGCUCCCAGUCGGCCUACUAUCAGUGCAAGAACUCUCGUCUGUACAACAAUGGUGAUGUUAAGGGAUACCUGGGUGGUCUUGACGGCCAGCCCAUUCCGUUCUUUGCCGGUGGGAUGGGCAUAGAAAACAUGUGUGGAUGCGGGGUGAGCGGCUCGUGUGAGGACCCCUCCUACAACUGUAACUGUGACAUCGCUGACGGCAAGGAGAGAAUCGACCAGGGAGUCAUGCACGAGAAGGAUUAUCUCCCCAUUAGCUUUGUCUCCUUCUCCGAGAUCGGAGGCAAUGCUACCGGAACAUACAGUGUCGGGCCACUCCAGUGUGCAGAAAAGCAAUUCGGCAUCCCACCGUCGUGUUUGGCAGUACGAGCUGAUGGGAACACCCUCAACCACAAUUACCUGAUCGACCCUGACCAGGGAUCAGAUAUCCAGAAAUACAAUAACGUCGAACCUUUUAAUGUGUACUGCGAAUUCAGUGAUGUGGGAAUAUCAGCUACUACAAUUGUGUACCACGAGAAUUGGAAUGUGACAAUGCUAACAGCAUCUGACUAUAUCAUCAACUACAAGUAUUACCUUCUAGUGAAGAAGCAGAUCGAGGCCCUAAAACGCACGUCAGCGUACUGCUUCCAGGACGUGACCCUGGCCUGUAAGAAGGCUCAUCUACACGUAAAUGGAGUUGCCAAUUUUGACUGGAAGGACCUGGACUUUGCUGUCCACAAUUACUUCCACGGUAACGGUGCUGGGCAGGGCUGUGCCUGUCAUGACACUAACAACUGUACAGGGGGUGGGCUGUGUAACUGUGACGCACAAGAUGAGCUUAAGAGGUUUGACUACGGCGUGUUGACCAACAUGAAUGAAAUGCCAGUGAUUCAAGCUGUGUUGAGGGGAUUGACUGGCCUGAGUGAGGCCGAUCUUACUGUGGGGCCUCUUAUUUGUACAGAGAAUUUCCCCACAUGUCAUCAAAUCAAUGACAAAUUCGUGCCAGCUAAGAACGCUUUUGGACUUCUGGAGGAUGGUGAAUUCUAUGUGGACCCAGACGGUAUUGAUCCGCUCGAACCAUUCCUUGUCCAAUGUGCCUUCCCAGUGCGAACCAUCUUACCCACCACUGACGGGACUGACAAUGGACCGCCUUUCCCAUUUGGCUUUCCACAGUGCUUUGAUAUAGAAUAUGCUGGAAAUCCCAGCCCAGAGCAAAUACAGGCGCUUGUGAAUUCAUCUGCAUUUUGUGAGCAGAAGGUGGCUUACUAUUGCCGAAACUCUCCAUUUACUAACAAAGUUACCUACAAGACAUGUGACGGAAGAGAACAGAGAGGUUGGGGAGGGAGUCAAGGACAGCCAGGGUGCGGCUGUGGCGUCACUGGUACCUGCGAUAAAUGCCUCUGCGACACAGGCAGUUCCCAGACACAGAAAGACGAGGGAUUCAUCCGCGCCAAGUGGGCGCUUCCGGUGUGCAGCGUGUGCUUUGAUCUAGACCCAGUAGACUUCGGGGACCCCAGUCGCUACUCGAAGACUGUGGUGGAGUCACUCGUCUGCUACCCUCACACUGGCCAUGUUCCCGGGACAUGCCAAGAUAUCCGGAACAGCGACAUCUAUCAUAGCGGCGAACAGGAACUGACCACUGAGAUUGACCCCGACGGCCCCUUCGGUAACCCUCCACUUCCGGUUACAUGCCUCCUCACGGGACCUCUGGGGGUCGUGGUCAUCGAACCCAUGAAUCCUGUGAUUGAAGUACCUUUAGAGGGUAUAGAAAUCGAAAUCCUGUACUUCUUCUUGAACUUUACCUUCAUCCGUGACGUCAUAGAGGAGUCCGUGUACUGCGAACAGUCCCUCCACAUUGAGUGUUUUGAUGACGCCACAUUUGCGGUGAACGCUAACUCUGCUUGGCAGAGUGCUGAUGGAACUUAUCAGGAGUACUGGGCAGGAAACACAGGUGGUAUUGGUUGUGAGGGAGGAGAGUGUAACUGCGGCUUCCAGGACGGUCGAGAAAGAAUUGACGGUGGGUUGUUAACAGAUCAGGACGCCCUGCCCGCUACCGGCCUCAAGCUGCCCGCAUCGACCGGGGCUAGACGCGUCACUAUUUCCGCUCUGAAGUGUUACGUUGUAUACAAGGAUUGUAAUGAAAUCCUUCAGAAGACGGGAGGCAAGAACUCGCCAUCUGGGGACAAGACUUGGCCAGUAGACCCGGACGCAGAAGGCGGUGUAGAACCAUUCACUGUUAAAUGUGACUUCUAUUCUCACAAACACAUGGGUAUCACUGUGAUCAAGACUGACACCGCGCCAGUAGAUGUGGUAAAUGCCAUUGAACCAGGAAGUUUCCAGAUUCCAGUUUCUUACUUGCCCAGCCCCGCCCAGAUUAAUGCUCUUACUAUCCAAUCGGAAUACUGUUACCAGAACGUAGAGUUUCAGUGCACCUUGACUCCGCUUAUCAAUGACUUCAACCCAGCUUAUGGCUUCUUGACUGGUGUCAGUAAUGUGUCCUCGAAUUUCGCCGCCGGUGAUUCCACUGUGGUAGGCUGUGCCUGUGAACUUAGCGGAACCUGUCCAGCUAACCAUUCCUGUCGCUGCGAUGUCAAAAGCUCAGAACCAGUCUUGGAACGAGGGGUGCUCCUGAACGAAUCGAUCAUGCCCAUUACUCUGGCGUCUUUUGGUGGACAAACCAGCGAGGGAGCCUCUGGCGUGUUCAAGGUCGGGGACGUAUUGUGUGCUCCUGAGGUCUUUGAUGUACCCGUGGACUGUGAAGAGGCUCGUCAGCUGGGCAUGACCACAGGGGACACCCUUAUCCGCCCUCACGCUCAUCUUGACCCCAUCAUGGUCUUCUGUGAAAUGAGAGAGGACUUCGGUAUAACAAUUGUGGGCACCAGUGUGACAAACACACCAGGUAAUGUGACGUACCCGGGCAAGGUGGACGUGACUUACUUUGACGUCCCCGAUGUACAACUCCGACAAUUGGUGAAGAUGUCCGUGUGUUAUCAGCCAGUCAAAUUCGACUGUAAGAACACUGAGUUUUUGAAAGGUGACAAGGCUUUCUGGCUCACAAUGGGAAGUGAGGAAAAACGUAGAUAUUUUGGGCACGCCAACCCCUGGGAGAACAAGUGUAGCUGUGGUCACGAUAGGUUGUGUGGCGGUACGCCUGAUGAAGGCAAAUUUGUCCAAAGAGCAAGGAAAUGUAAUUGUGACGCUGGCGAUGACGUAUGGCGUCGUGAUGCUGGCAUCAUCAGUGACCAUUUGCCAAUUGAUGGUGUUCAGUUCAAUGCCCAGAGCCACGAGAACGCAGAAGGACUAGUAACUGUUGGAUAUCUGUACUGUGCCCCGCAGGAGUUUGACUUGGAUGAAUGCGCCCUGGACUUCCAUGAUUGUGAUGCUAAUGCAGACUGUAUAAAUCUGCCAGGAGCAUUCGAGUGCCGAUGUAGGGAGGGUUACAGAGGCUGGGGCCUUGAUCGUAGCAAGUAUUUUGCCACCGGACGAGUUUGCUAUGACGAUGACGAAUGCGCCCUUAAUAGAUGUGGAUGGUCGGCAGUUUGUGAAAAUUUGGAAGGCUCUUACCGUUGUCACUGCAAAAACGGCUUCACCCAGGUUGACGACCAGACAUGUAAAGACAUUGACGAGUGUAAGACAGGGGACAACAACUGUGACGAAAACGCUUACUGCAUCAACACCCCGGGAUCAUAUCAGUGCAGAUGUAACCGAGGUUACCGUGGCAACGGCAUUGUCUGUGAAGAGAUUGGAAUCUGCACGUGCUUUGGCGACCCCCAUUGCCGGUCGUUCGAUGACCGCUGGCUGCACUUCCAGGGAGCGUGUCAGUACACCAUGGUGCGUGAUAACUGCGAGGGAGACCAGUUACCCACAUUCCAGGUUCUGCAGAAGAACUGGAGACGAGGUGACCGCGUUGCUAUCGAUACCGAGGUUUCCUGGGUCAAGGAAAUCACCAUCAUCAUCGAUGAUCUGACAAUCACCCUUAAGCAGGGCCUUGUGUUACAUGUCAACGGCAUAGCCAGGAAUCUUCCAUUUUCGCCGAGAGCAGGAAUAGCUAUUUAUUAUACACUUCACAAUAUCGAAGUGAGAACGAGCUUUGGAUUACACGUGAGGUGGAAUGGAUACACUUCUGUAGACGUCAUCCUGCCCACGGACUUCAAAGAGAAAACCUGUGGACUGUGUGGAAACUAUAACGAAGAUCCGACAGACGAUUGGAUAACAGGACCACGAUGUCCUCCUGGUGGCGAAAUUACGGACAACAACAACGAGUUUGGUCAGUCCUGGGCCGUGGACUACCCUGGUCAAGCGGAGGACACAGAAUGCUCCAUCGACUGUGACAGUCCUCCAGACGGAGACAGGUGCACAGAGCAACAGAAGAGGUACGCUGAGGAAUACUGUCUCAUCAUCUUCUCCAAGACCAGCGUGUUCAAGGACUGUAUCGCUCUGUUGGGGGAUGAGGUAUAUGCACAAUACAAGGAGAGUUGUAUAUACGAUCUGUGCGAUGGGAAUGUCGCUGCCGAGCUUUGCGCUACAGCUAAAGACUUUGUAAACGAAUGUCAAACAACGUACAAUGUCCAGAUCACUGGCUGGAGAUCCCCUGCAUUCUGUGACCCGAAAUGUAAGGAAAACCAGGUGUAUACAACCUGUGGGAAGCCAUCUGAGCAGCAGUACUGCGUGGGUAACGACACACAGGCCGUGCCUCAGAAUUCAGGGUUUGAGUGUGAAGAGGGAUGCCUGUGUCCAAACGGAUUCAUGAUCAGCGGCACUAACUGCGUCAGGCCAGAUGAGUGCGGCUGUUACGUUGAUGGGACUUAUUACGCUGUCAAUGAGGUUGUAUUUAGCGGCAACUGUUCCACGAUCACGACGUGUGGUGAUGAUCGUCAGUUGAAGACGACUCCCGCUCCGGCAUGCGGUCAGGAUGAAAUCUGCACCGUUAAAGAUGGUAUUGAGGGAUGUCACUGCAAAGAGGGCUUUAUGAGAACUGAUGAGGGAACAUGUACAGACGACCAUUGCUACAAACAUAACUGCACGAAGAACUCCGAGUGCGUGUCCACCGAGGAUAGUUAUGAGUGCGUUUGCGUGAUGGGAUUCACCGGUUUCUGUAAUAACUGUGAUGAUGUUGAUGAAUGCGCCACAAACACCCACGAGUGCGACGGAAGAGCCCAAUGCCAGAACACUAUCGGUUCAUACCGGUGUUUCUGUGAGCCCGGUCUGAUAGCCCUGGAUGGACGAGUCUGUGUCGAUAAGGAUGAGUGCUCACUGGGAAUCCACGAUUGUGACGAGAAUGCUCAGUGUGUUAAUACAUAUAAAGGCUAUGAGUGUGUGUGUUGUUUGGGUUACACUGAUGGGCCCAACGGAACCUGUGUUGAGGAGCCAGGGGACAAAACAGGAGGGGAGUGCUGCGCAUGUGUCGGAGAUGGCUGCCACAGACCAGGACCGGUGUGUGGCUCAGAUUUUAAUACGUAUGCCAGUGAGCGAGAUUUGGUGGUCUCGGCCUGUUUAAGGGAAAACAGUGUGACUCUGGCGUACCGUGGAGAAUGCCAAGGGACUUGUGCCAAUGUGGUGUGUGAAGGCUGGGAGGUGUGUAGACCUGACCCCGGCACGGGACUUCCCAUCUGCACCUGUGAAUCAUGUUCUCAGCAACAGCUCGAGAUAGUUGAAGAAUUGUGUGACAGCUCUGGAAAUAUAUUCAUGUCAAUGUGUGAGUUCCGGGCAGCCAUGUGUUUGACAGGAAGCGACUCGGAGCCAACCCCCAUCGAUGGCUGUUCUGGGUUGGGAUCAGGUGUUUCCCUGACGCCCUGGACAGAGUGGUCACCGUGUAGCGUGACCUGUGGGAAGGGAGAGAAAACAAGGACUAGGAGCUGGAAAACAGGUAACCCAUCCCCCGGGGUGGAGGCCCGUGUGGCCAUGAGAGCCACGACGGAGUGCUACGAGCCAGCUUGUGUCACAGGACCGUGCGUAGUUGACGUGUGCACGGGACCCGGCGAGGAGUGUGUGGAGUAUGACGGCGUGGCUCAGUGUGAGUGCCCAGAGUGCACUAAUGGGGGAGUAGACCCAGUCUGCGCCCUGGUGGGCACAAGCGUGGGCACCUAUUUGAGCGCAUGUAAGGCACAGAGGGCCGCCUGCGUCCUCAACCUGCCUUACGAGAUCCUUCACGAGGGCAACUGUGGAGUGCGUCCUGUGAAGUGCCAGAGGAUGCCGCUGAUCGUGCCCUUCGCCAUGGAGAACGGCUGUUACGCUGAGAACACGGUGAAUCUGUGGACGUGUGACGGAGGCUGCGGUCCUAUGUCCAACCUCUGCUGUGACAGUGUGGAAGACGAGGAAACCCUCACCAUCGACCUCACCUGUCCCGAUGGAAGCGCCAGGAACACUACGGUGCCCAUUGUCAGCAGAUGUUUCUGUCGUGAAGAGAACGACGUCUCCGUACCAUAAACAUCAACUUAGCUUCUAGUCCUAACCCCUAAUCUAGUCAAAUAAUAAUCUAGCUAUUUAUUAAAAAUUUCCAGUAUACGAAUAUUCUAACAAAGUAUAUAUAACAAACUUAUGGCUAAAACUGUCUGUUAUAACGUGCUUAACAAUACAUGAUCAAAGAAUUUUCGGCCUUAUCGUAUAUAUCUUUGAUUGAAAUUAACUGUCACAACGCCUCUCACCAUAUAUGGGUACGAUCAGCAUUUCUGUUCACUGGGCAUCAUCUGCUAAGGUGGGUUUAAAGUGAUAAAUAUUUAACAUGUGACGAAAUGGGUAAUCUACAUAUAUAAACAUAUGGUUCGGCACACUCGUUAUGUGGUCACAUUUCCAGUUCUACUCGAUGGAUUAUAAACAUAGUACAUGUGUGUAUACUUUGCUUCUCCCCACUCUGACUUCAGGGAGUGAGUUGGGAACGUUAUGUCAAUCAUGAAAACAAUACUGCUUGACUGCAAGUUUAGUACACUUUUUCACAUCAGCUAUUCUUGCUCUAGCCAAGGAACGUAUCUGCUUACAUUUUGAAAGCUUCAUCCCUUACAUAGGGUAUGAAGUAAAAGAAGCUAAAACAAUUAAAAAGUCAGGAAAAUAAUUGAUUUGAAAACAGGGCGGGGAGGAGCUAGGUAUAACAAAAACAGCAAGCUAUCGCAACUUCUCAACUGAACAACUCUGCGAUAGCGAUAAAUCCUACAGCGGUAACAUAUAUACUGUGUGCACCAACGAUCUAGCCGAAUCUCCAUAUAACUGAACACUACGUAUGUACGCAAGGAGAGCUCAGCCAGAUUGAGCUACAUACCAUUAAAUUCCCCAAAUUUUUGUCGGCCAGACAUUUGCUAGGAAGAGCAAUCUCGUCAAGCCUUCGGAACUGCGCCUUUUCUCUGACUAAAAUCAUGUCUAAAACUCAAAUGGCCGGAUGUUUCCCUUCCUGGAAUCCUGUCAGCGAGGCUACUUUGAACUGAGUAAAGUAAAUGAUUUGCUAAGUUUCUAAUUUCCCACGACAGUUAAUUUUUCUAUAGCUUUCCGUUCAUGUACAUGUUGUCACGGAACCUAUCUCGUGGUCAGUUUACAAUAGUAUUAAACAAUCUGAUAUGCACUUCUUCUACAACCGAUUCUAAAGCAUAGUCUACACUAAUAUUGGUCUUUCUUCUACCACUAUGAGAGUAUUCCACAUACCUCUUUUCAACCAAAGUAACCUUAACUGUGAUUCUGAACAUAAGCACCAAACUCUCAGAUGUUUGUUUAUGAUGUACAUAUUGACGUGUAACUUAUGCCACUGUUGUGGAAUGUUGCCCAUAUUGUCUUUCCUCUUCAUUAUUUUCUUUAACGUUAUGUCUCUGGGCCCAGAUGUAAACAGUUAUGUUCGGUUGUGGGAAUUUAUGUCUGUUUCUGUUGAUGAACAUUACUGGAGGAAAUAAAGCUGUUAUUCAGAAUGAAA